AUUCUGCCUGGUGGAUGCUUUCCACUGGCUUUAACCAGUUGCCCAGCUGUGUUUGAUGCCGAGAUUGGACUAUCUUCUACGGCGGAAUGGUAUCAGCUUAACUCAAAUACAAAUGUUAAAUUUACUCUUGGAAUUGCAUUUGUCGUCAUCAAUAGCUUUCCGUUACCAAUUUCACUUAGAGGAGUUCAAGUUGAAACUGGUUCAAAUUGGAAACUUUCUCUGGUUAGUUCAUACAGGAAGGAAAUGGAUGGAACACUUUUAAACACUCCUAGGAAGCCUGGUUGUAACAUUUCACUUACUUUACAAGAUGUACAGGACUUCAUUAAAGGUAACUCUUUUAUCAACACAUAUUUCAACAGCCUGACGAACCUCCUUCCAAAGUGGAUAAGCAUUCUUCCAACCGACAAAACCCUUCUUGGGACAACUAACCUGAAAUCUAGCGUCAUGACAGGAGAACAGUUAUCCCUUGUAAAACCAUGUGCAGGAGCCCCUGUUUUCAAGGACAAGAUAUAUUCGACAUUUCGAUUUGAAACAGAUACUAAAUUGGUUGUUUUUGAUCACGAGGUGACGAUUCCUGUAGUACAAGGGCAGCAGUUUUGCGUGAUCGUAGAUUUAUGCCAAGACCUUGGCGGAACAGUUAUUCUAAUGUUCCCGACUCCACUGUCCAGGAGGAAACGAGAUACUUAUUCCGGUUGUGACGUUCUUAGUAAAAUACCCAUGGUUGGUGAAAUUGAGAAUUCAACUGGAUUCGAUAUAUGUAUCAGAGGAAUGGGAUUCUCACUGACAAAACAAUUGGCAGUUACGUCUCGUUUUUCGAAAACCUCGACUGCAGUAGAAUUAUGGAAUGGAGAUCAGCGUUUUGAUUACAAGUUGUUUCCCGCUGCUCAUGUAUGGAUUGCCGGUGAAGCACAUAUGGCAAAAACGAGUAAAGAGCUUUCUGUUAACAUUUCAGCAGACAUGCAAAUCUUUGUGACCGUUCCGAACCCCAUGAAGAUCCUGACCCGUGUAUUUUUGGAGAAGUGGAACGUUUUGGUCGAAGCAAUAGGUGGUGCUGAUGUCGCUGUGUCGUUUGAGCUAUUCUCAAAGAUGUAUACCAUAUCAAUGCCUAAAACAGGAUUAGUUGGAAC